GCAUAGAAUAGAUUAGUUAGAUUCAUAGGAAGACAGUUUAUCCUGCUGAAACUUUUGAUUGUAGUGAUAAAACAGAUUUAUGUUCCUCUUUCAGACAUGGAUUCCUGCAUCCCUUGCCCAAAAGACCAGUACCCAAACAAGGCCCAACACAAAUGCAUUCCUAAAAUUCUCAACUUCCUCACCUUUGAUGAACCUUUGGGCAUUACCUUAGCUUUCAUGACUCUUUUCUUUUCUCUGGUCACAGCUCUGGUAUUUGGAAUCUUCAUUAAGCACCAAAACACUCCCAUCGUCAAAGCCAACAAUCGGAGCCUCACCUACGUUCUCCUCAUCUCACUCCUCCUUUGCUUCCUCUGCUCAUUGCUCUUCAUUGGACGGCCUAACAAAGUUACCUGUCUCUUCCGACAAACAGCUUUUGGCAUCAUCUUCUCCAUUGCUGUUUCUUCUGUUUUGGCCAAAACCAUCACAGUGGUCAUGGUUUUUGAGGCAUCAAAGCCAAGAAAUAUUUUCCAGAAAUGGGUUGGGGGAAAAUUGCAAUAUUCCAUUGUCUUUUCCUGCUCUCUGGUUCAAAUAGGCAUUUGCACUGUUUGGUUGAGUACCUCUCCCCCUUUCCCUGACUUGGAUAUGCUUUCACUAACUGGAGAAAUAAUAGUGGAAUGUAAUGAGGGGUCAACCACUCUGCUCUACUGUGUCCUGGGCUACUUGGGCCUCCUGGCCAUCAUCAGCUUCACGGUGGCCUUUCUCGCCAGGAAACUGCCAGACAGCUUUAAUGAAGCCAAGUUCGUCACCUUCAGCAUGUUGGUUUUUUGCAGUGUUUGGAUAUCCUUUGUUCCAACCUACCUCAGCACAAGAGGGAAACAUAUGGUAGCUGUGGAGAUCUUCUCCAUCCUGGCCUCCAGUGCUGGGUUAUUGGGUUGCAUCUUUUCCCCCAAAUGCUACAUUAUUCUACUGAGGCCUGAUCUGAACAAAAAAGAAAAGAUAAUCAGAAAAAUGUAA